AUGGAGCAACAGUCUAACAAGGCUCAUAGAGGAGCCACCAAAAAAACAGGAGCCAAAAAGAAACUACAUCAAAAUGGUCAGAACAAAAAGGCAUUUGCAGUAGCAGCACCUCGAAAAUUGGAACGAAUGGCAAGGAGGUCGCAUGAUGUCAAUGAGCGAAAACUUCAUGUGCCUAUGGUUGACCGUACUCCUGACGAGGAUCCACCACCAGUCAUAGUAGCCGUUGUGGGUCCCCCAGGUACUGGGAAAUCGACCUUGAUCAAGUCAUUGAUUAGACGAUUAACAAAGACAACAUUGACGGAAAUUAAAGGUCCCAUAACCGUUGUGAGUGGGAAAAGAAGACGGUUGACAUUUAUUGAAGUCAACAACGACUUGAACUCGAUGAUUGACGUGGCCAAAGUUGCUGACUUGGUACUUUUACUUAUUGAUGGAAAUUAUGGGUUGGAGAUGGAGACUAUGGAAUUUCUCAAUAUAGCCCAACAUCACGGUAUGCCUAGAGUAUUGGGAGUGGCUACUCAUUUAGAUCUUUUCAAAUCACAAUCCACAUUGAGAACAUCUAAGAAGAGAUUGAAGCAUAGAUUCUGGACCGAAGUGUAUCAAGGAGCCAAGUUAUUUUAUCUUUCAGGAGUCAUCAAUGGUCGUUACCCAGACCGAGAAAUCCUCAACUUGAGUAGAUUCAUCUCGGUGAUGAAAUUUAGACCUUUGAAGUGGAGAAAUGAGCAUCCUUAUUUGUUGGGGGAUCGAAUCACUGACUUAACCCAUCCACAAUUGAUUGCUGAAAAUCCCAAAUGCGAUAGAAAAGUGGCGAUUUAUGGAUAUUUGCAUGGAACUCCAUUGCCUUAUCAAGAUGCCAAUGUCCACAUUGCUGGGGUUGGCGAUUAUACAGUUUCAUCGGUGGAAAAAUUGCCUGAUCCGUGUCCAACGCCAUAUUUCGAACAAAAGUUGGAAGAGUUGGAAAGGGAGAGAGUUAAAGCUGCUGCCGAACUGGGAGAGCCCUUGGCCAAGACAACAAGAAGAAGGAAAAGAUUGGAAGAUAAGCAAAAGAUUAUAUAUGCACCAAUGUCUGAUGUGGGAGGAGUUCUUGUUGACAAAGAUGCCGUGUAUAUUGAUGUGGGUGAUAAGGAAAGUUUCAAAGCUAAUGGUGAUGCCGAGGGCGAGAUUAGAGGCGAGGGUGAAACUAUGGUUACGAACUUGCAGGAUGUGGGCAAAACGAUGGCGGAGCGAUUUGAAGAAGGCCCUGGAUUACAAUUGUUUUCGAAUUCUAGUGCAUUGAGAAAUGAGGUAGUGCAGCAAAUGGAUGAGAGGGAGGAAGAAGAGCAUGGACUUUUGUCUGAUUACGACGAUGACGAAGAGACGAUAGUGGAUACCGGUAGAACAUCCAUGAGAAAGGCAAGAGUGUAUGGAAAAUCUGUUUCAGAGGAUGAUGAAUUUGACAAUGCUGAGUCUGAUCAAGAGGGCGAAGAUGAUUAUGAUAAUGACGAUGGAAGCGAGCCUAGAUUGGUUGAAAUUGAUUUCGAUUCCAACAAGUACAAUGACAAGGAAUUGGAGUAUGUCGAAGACUCGGCACUUUCUUCCGAUGACGAUGACGAAAGUACGUACAAAUCUGCAGCUGCUAGAUUGAAAGGCUCAAGCAAGAGGAAAUGGGAUAUUAACAAGUUGAUCUACAUGACUAAUAUUGACCCUGCUGAUGCGAUUAAGAGAUGGAUGGGCGAAGGCGAUGGUGAUGGCGAUGACGAAGAGGAAGAAGAAGAUAUUGAACAAGAUGACGAAGAUUUCUUCAAAAAGAAGGAUAUAAAGGAGCUGAGUGAAGAUUUGGACAACUCAAAGCCCAAGUUUGCCCCAGUGGAGGAAUUGAGAAAGCGAUUUGCAACAUCCGGUAGUGACGACAGCGAUGAGGAAUACGAGAGUGGCUACGCUAUUUUGAAAAAGAGGUUAUUGGUUGCUCCUAAAUUGGACAAUGAUGAAGAGGGUGAACAGAAUGGUGAAGCAGGCGAAGAUGAUGACGAGGAGGAGUUGUAUGGAGAUUUCGAGGAUUUGGAAGCUGAAGAUGUCCAAAACUCAAAGAAUGGAGGAUCAAGCAAAGACGACGACGAUGACGAUGAUGAUGAUGAUGAUGAUGAUGAUGACGAGGACGAUGGAGUUGAUGGUGACGAUUUCGCCGAUUUUGAUGCCGAAGAACAAGCCGAGGGAGAAGACGAUGCUCUUGAACAAGAAGACGAGAACCUCACAGUUGAACAGAGACGUCAAUUGAAUGCCGCCAAAAAGGCCAAAUUGAAAACUCAAUUUGAGGAGGAAGAAGAUCGAGAAUUUGGUGCUGAUGAUCCAGAAGGUGACACCGAAGCUGAAACGUGGUACGAGUUUCAAAAGAACAAGAUGGCCAAACAAUUGGAGAUCAACAAGGCGCAAUAUGAGGAGAUGGAUCAGCAACAACGCAUCAAGAUUGAAGGGUAUCGUGCUGGAUCCUACGUCAAGAUUGUAUUCAAUUCAUUGCCAUGUGAAUUUGUUGAAAACUUCGUACCUGAAUAUCCAUUGGUUCUUGGUGGAUUGUUGGCGACUGAAAUGAGAUUUGGUAUAAUGAACUCGAGAAUCAGAAGACAUAGAUGGCACAAGAAGAUUUUGAAAUCACAAGACCCAUUGAUCUUGUCAUUAGGUUGGCGUCGAUUCCAAACAUUGCCCAUAUACACCACAUCUGAUUCCAGAACUAGGAACAGAAUGUUGAAAUAUACUCCCGAGCACGCUUAUUGUUUUGCAUCAUUUUAUGGACCACUAGUCGCACCCAACACUACAUUUGUUGGGUUCAACAUUGUUGAUAACAAGUCCACCACGGGGUCAUUUAGAGUUGCCGCCACUGGUAUUGUUGAAGAUGUCAAUUCGUCAGUGGAGAUUGUUAAAAAGUUGAAAUUGGUGGGCCACCCUUACAAGAUAUACCGAAACACUGCAUUCAUCAAGGAUAUGUUUUCCAAUGCGUUGGAGGUUGCCAAGUUUGAAGGAGCACAGAUUCGAACCGUUAGUGGAAUCCGAGGCGAGAUUAAGCGUGCAUUAUCGAAACCCGAAGGAUAUUUCCGGGCCACUUUUGAAGACAAGAUUUUGAUGUCGGAUACGAUUUUCCUCAAGACAUGGUACCCCAUCAAGAUUAAAAAAUUUUACAAUCCUGUUACUUCAUUAUUACUUAGUCAUCAUUCAGAAUGGAAAGGUAUGCGAUUAACGGGACAAGUCCGUGCGGAAAAUAAUAUUGCCACGCCAUUACAGGAUGAUUCACAAUACAAGAAAAUCGAACGUGUUGAACGAAGAUUCAAUCCAUUGCGGGUCCCGAAAUCGAUCCAAGCUGAUUUACCAUUCAAGUCCCAGAUCCAUCAAAUGAAGCCACAGAAGAAACAGAGCUAUAUGAAUAAGAGGGCAGUUGUGUUGGGUGGUGAAGAAAAGAAGGCUCGUGAUUUGAUGCAAAAGAUUGCCACUAUUAGAAAGGAAAAGGAUGUUAAGCGAAGAACUAAAAAGGAUGAGAAAUUCAAGGAGAAAUUGAAAAAGAUUGUUAAGAAUGAGGAGUUGAGGAAAGAGAAGGAGAAGGAGAGAAAGAAGGAAUAUUUUGCAAAAGAGGGUAAAAAGAGAAGGGCUGGUGAUGAAGGUAUGGAGGGUGGUAAUAAAAGAAGGAGGUAG